AAACCUCCACCAACUCCACCGCCUCCACCUCCACCAAGUCCACCCCCGCCUCCUCCUAUAUACAAACCUCCACCAAGUCCACCGCCUCCACCUCCACCAAGUCCACCCCCACCUCCUCCUGUAUACAAACCUCCACCAAGUCCACCGCCUCCACCUCCACCAAGUCCACCCCCGCCUCCUCCUAUAUACAAACCUUCACCAAGUCCACCCCUGCCUCCUCCUGUAUACAAACCUCCACCAAGUCCACCGCCUCCACCUCCACCAAGUCCACCCCCGCCUCCUCCUGUAUACAAACCUCCACCAAGUUCACCGCCUCCACCUCCACCAAGUCCACCGCCUCCUCAUGUAUACAAACCUCCACCGCCUCCACCUGCACCAAGUCCACCCCCACCUCCUCCACCAAGUCCACCCCCGCCUCCUCCUGUAUACAAACCUCCACCAAGUUCACCGUCUCCACCUCCACCAAGUCCACCACCUCCUCAUGUAUACAAACCUCCACCGCCUCCACCUGCACCAAGUCCACCCCCACCUCCUCCACCAAGUCCACCCCCGCCUCCUCCUGUAUACAAACCUCCACCAAGUUCACCGCCUCCACCUCCACCAAGUCCACCACCUCCACCUCCACCAAGUCCACCGCCUCCUCCUGUAUACAAACCUCCACCGCCUCCACCUCCACCAAGUCCACCCCCGCCUCCUCCUGUAUACAAACCUCCACCAAGUCCACCCCCGCCUCCUCCUGUAUUCAAACCUCCACCUCCACCAAGUCCACCGCCUCCUCCAUCAAGUCCACCACCGUCUCCUCCAGUUUAUAAACCUCCACCAAGUCCACCGCCUCCUCCACCAAGUCCACCCCCGCCUCCUCCUGUUUAUAAACCUCCACCAAGUUCACCGCCUCCACCUCCACCAAGUCCACCCCCGCCUCCUCCUGUAUACAAACCUCCACCAAGUUCACCGCCUCCACCUCCACCAAGUCCACCGCCUCCUCCAUCAAGUCCACCACCGUCUCCUCCAGUUUAUAAACCUCCACCAAGUCCACCGCCUCCUCCACCAAGUCCACCCCCGCCUCCUCCUGUUUAUAAACCUCCACCAAGUUCACCGCCUCCACCUCCACCAAGUCCACCCCCGCCUCCUCCUAUAUACAAACCUCCACCAAGUUCACCGCCUCCACCUCCACCAAGUCCACCGCCUCCACCUCCACCAAGUCCACCCCCGCCUCCUCCUAUAUACAAACCUCCACCAAGUCCACCGCUUCCACCUCCACCAAGUCCACCCCCGCCUCCUCCACCAAGUCCACCCCCGCCUCCUCCUGUAUAUAAACCUCCACCAAGUUCACCGCCUCCACCUCCACCAAGUCCACCGCCUCCACCUCCACCAAGUCCACCCCCGCCUCCUCCUGUAUACAAACCUCCACCAAAUUCACCGCCUCCACCUCCAUCAAGUCCACCGCCUCCUCCAUCAAGUCCGUCACCGUCUCCUCCAGUUUAUAAGCCUCCACCAAGUCCACCCCCGCCUCCUCCUGUUUAUAAACCUCCACCAAGUUCACCGCCUCCACCUCCACCAAGUCCACCUCCUCCUCCACCAAGUCCACCCCCGCCUCCUCCUGUUUACAAACCUCCAUCAAGUCCACCACCUUCUCCACCAAGCCCACCACCCCCUUCACCAAGCCCACCACCUACUCCCGUCUAUAAACCCCCAUCAAGCCCACCGCCUCCUCCACCAAGCCCACCACCUACCCCUGUCUACAAACCUCCACCAAGUCCACCCCAAAGCUCACCAGGGUAUGGAAAUCCUCCACCUUUUGGUCACUAUUAAAUGAAUAAUAAAACUACUUGUAACAGUUGGAUUUGUUUCAAUUGUAUUACGUAUGUUUCUAAAAAUAAUCUUGUGAUAUAAAGUGGAAUAAUCCAACUCCAUUUGUUUUUAUCCGUUUGUUCCUCCUAUUCACUUGUUCCUACUUUGUUUAAUGAAAUUUGCAUACAGCCUUUGAGUUUUGUUAUUUCAUAGUUGGAAGUGGUUGAUAUGUCCAUUAAUAAAAGGAGCAACAAAAAUGAUUUGUGACCA